AUGGGUGAGGAUGCAUAUGCAUAUUAUACCAAGAGGGCAAACAAUUUGAUACCUCGGUAUACCGGACCAACCGAAAAGUUGACAGAAGAGCAAAUUGUCAUUCGCGAAUCGAUUCUAAACUCUCGUCCUGGAACGGGAUUACAAGGACCCUUUGGUCCAUGGUUGUCAGUUCCUUCCAUUGCGCAACCAGCUCAAUCCUUGGGUCAUGCCUGUCGAUAUGGUACCUCUCUUAGCAAGAAAGAAUCCGAAUUAGUUAUUCUACUGGUAGGAGUCAAGUUGGACUCGGUGACAGAAAUACAGAUUCACAUUGGAGAGGCCAUUAAGGCAGGUUGGGCAAUGGAUCUUGUCGGAAUUUUGCCCAUUCUCGGCUCCGGUGCUCAGAGCAAUCGGAGGGGAUCUCCUACCUUUUCCCAAGAUGUACGAACACAUCUUUUACCGCAACUGUCAACAGAGCGAGAACGAGCCAUUGCCAUGUUUGCCGCAGAGCUGUUGGAAACUAAUCGUGUGUCAGACGGAACCUAUGCUUCCACGAAAGAGACCCUUGGCGGACAAGAUUCCGUAUUGGUUGAAGUCACCAGCAUUGUUGGGUACUACUCCUUUGUCUGUUGGACUUUGAAUGUAUUUCAGAUUCCACCAUCGUUGCCGUCGCCGUCAUUAUCGUAG